AUCGGCUUCGACCCCAGAUUUUGGAUCUCUGCUUCUCGAUUGCUCAUUCUUCUCCAAACAAUCAACAUUUCCAUCCACAAUGCGCGUUCUUUUUCGACCCUCGACUUCGCUAUCUAGCAGGCUUAUAAGAUGCUAUUCUACACAGCCAACACCUUUGGUUAAAGUGUUUGAUGUCCCUGCUCCGGGCAGUGGAAGAAUUAGAAUACUGUCUCUGGCCCGCCCCGCAGCACGCAAUGCCAUCUCCCGCCAGCUCCUCCAAGAACUCCGUACAAAUAUCGACUUCAUAGCCUCUGAGUACGACAGCCAAGGCAAUGAGCUUCCUGCGAAGAAGAUAUUUGGAGGUGCGGCAGGGACGGACCAUAAGGGGCCUACGAGAGCUGUCGUGCUUGCCAGUGAGGUAGACAGCUGUUUCUGCGCGGGGGCGGACUUGAAGGAGAGGGCGGGGUUCACUGCUGAGGAAACAGCAGCCUUCCUUUCAAACCUUCGAAACACCUUCACAGCCCUCUCCAUCCUCCCCAUCCCAACCAUCAGCGCCGUCAGCUCUCUUGCUCUCGGCGGCGGCCUCGAACUCGCUCUCUGCACCACCCUCCGCGUCUUCUCCUCCACAGCACAGGUUGGGCUUCCAGAAACCCGUCUGGGUAUAAUCCCGGGAGCAGGAGGAACCUACCGACUCCCAGCCGUCAUCGGGCUCAAUCGGGCUCGAGACCUCAUUCUCACUGGCCGCAGAGUAAGUGCACCCGAAGCAUAUUUCCUGGGUAUUGCGGAUCGGCUCGUGGAGGUUGUGCCGGAGGAGGGAAAGGAGGGCGAGGAGCACAAGAAGGAGUUGAUGAAGAGGUCCAAGGAUGAGGUGUUGAGUGCUGCUGUGAAGCUUGCGGGUGAGAUUUGCCAGGGAGGGCCGAUUGCUAUUAGGAGUGCUUUGCAGGCUGUUACGUAUGCGCGGGAAGAGGUGGAGAAUAAGAUGUAUGAGAAAGUCGUUGGAACGGAGGAUAGGAAUGAGGCGUUGGUUGCAUUUAGGGAGAAGAGAAUGCCUGAAUUUAAGGGAAGAUGAUGCUGUAAGUUAUGUGAGUUGAUAUGAUGUCUAGAAAGACAGCUUGGAGCGUGUCUAUCUUGAGCCUGAAGCUCGGAGUACUUGCGUAAAUCCAGAGGAGCAGCUAGGGCUAAAGUAACACAUCAAAAUGAAACAUGCGAACAGAGC